AUGCAAAACCAGCAAAGCAGUCCCUAUCUGAAUAUUUCCGGACUUAAUCUGGGAGGUGAAUCUGUUGAGGGUUAUGAUCCUUCAGAAGUUCCUCUCCCAUUACCAAGUAAGAACCCGCUACGCACCGAAAGAAUUAUUUCGACCCUUAUACGAGAGAGUGAGGCCUUGACGUCAAACACUCAAUUCAAUAUUCCUUCCACCAACAGAAAGGAUGCACCCAGUGCAAAGCCAUCGGACUUACAACGUUCCUCUACGGUU